GGGAAGUAAUUGGGCAGCGCUUCUUGGGCAACGAGAGUCACGUCGAGCACUUCAAACUUCUCGAACGAGCGCCGACUUUUAUCCUGAUUGGUGCAAGGAAUGCCAUCUACAACAUCAGUCUCCACGACCUCUCGGAAAUCGCCGACCAGAGAGUUCAGUGGUCGAGUUCUGCGGCCCACAGGGAGAUGUGUAAUCUGAAGGGUGCAAGCGAGGACGACUGCCAAAAUUACGUCAGAGUUUUUGGACGUCAGGGCCCCAACAAAUUCAUCGCCUGCGGUACCAACGCUUACAAGCCCCAGUGCAAGCAAUUUGUGCGAACGAACGGGUCUUACGUGGGUUCAGGAGAGAGUGAUGGCCUCGGUCUCUGUCCUUACGAUCCACAGCACAACAGCACAGCAGUUUUCGCCGGCGGACAAUUGUACGCAGCGACUGUAGCGGAUUUUUCCGGUGGUGAGCCGCUGAUACACAGGCAGAAAAUACGAACCGAGCGGUCAGAUCUCAAUCAAUUAAACGGUCCAAACUUUGUCAGCUCGUUCGCUUACGGAGACUAUGUCUUUUUCUUCUACAGAGAGACGGCUGUCGAGUAUAUGAACUGCGGGAAGGCGGUUUAUUCACGGGUAGCAAGAGUGUGCCAACAUGAUAAAGGUGGUCCACAUGCCUUCAGCGACAGAUGGACGACCUUCCUAAAAGCAAGACUCAACUGUUCGGUCCCUGGGGAAUAUCCCUUUUACUUCAAUGAAAUACAGUCGAUGAGCGACCCGACGACAGGUUUUUACGCGGGCCGCCACGACCAGCUGAUUUACGGGAUCUUCACUACGCCAGUUAACUCAAUUAGCGGCUCGGCGGUGUGCGCCUUCUCGAUGAGCAGUGUGUUCGACGUCUUCCAGGGGGCGUUCAAAGAGCAGGAAACGAUAAACAGCAACUGGCUGCGCGUGCUCCCGGAAAAGGUACCAGAGCCGCGACCAGGUGCUUGCGUCAACGACUCCAGGACGCUGCCCGACAUAACCGUGAAUUUCGUUAAGACCCACCCCCUGAUGGACGAUGCGGUGCAGUCGUUCUUCACCCUUCCGGUCCUCACCAAAGUCAGUUUCAAUUACAGAUUCACGAGGGUGGCUGUUGAUCCCCAAGUUAAAGCUCUCGAUGGCAGAACUUAUGACAUACUUUACAUAGGAACUGAUAAAUUUCGUCUAUUCCUAUUCAAUCUCUUCUCUCUUGAUCUCCAUUUUCAUUUUCUUCCUCCUCAUCAUCACGACAUUAACAUUUAUUUAAUUGCAGACGAUGGGCGAGUCAUCAAAGCCCUCAACACAAAAGCCCCCGACUCGUUAGCAGAAGUGGGCCAAGUCAUCGUGAGUGACGUCCAAGUGCUGCGAUACGGUCAAGCCAUCAAGGAUCUCCAAGUGGUUCAUCUGGCCGGCGAGGCGAGCAAAUUGGUGGUUAUCGCGGACUCGGAGAUACGCGCGGUCCCGCUCCAUCACUGCGACAGCCCGGCAGCAGUAAACUCCUGCGUCGCCUGCGUCGCUCUUCAGGAUCCGCAUUGCGCCUGGGACGCUACGAUGGAUUUGUGCGUCGCUGUGCCAACUAAGUUACACGACAAUGACGCCAGCAAGACCCUAUUCCAAGAUAUCAUCACCGGAAAACACAAGGGAUGCGGCGCCCAACAAGUGAAUGUUGAUUUGGACCUGGCGAAGCCGGUGCCUCCAGUGAUGCCCCCACGAAUCGGGAUCGGCGAGCAGCCCGACGAACGUGACAAUGAAAUCGUCAUCGAAUUGGAUCGGGAAAAUCAAUACAGUCGAACUCAACCACGAGCUAAUGAACCUCAAGGAGUAACAGUAACGCCGGUGGUGUACUCAGCUCAAACAUUAACCGGAGCGCUGAUCGGAACUUGCUUCUUCUCGCUGAUUGCGGGGUUCGCGUCGGGAUUCUGGUUUUCCCAGCGGCUAAGAGGCGCGCCUUAUCCCGAUCCACCGGAGCAGCGUCAGCAGUUAAACCGGCUGACGGAAAGCUCGGAAUCCCCGGCGGGUUUCAAUAACAAGUCGAUAAAUCUGGUCCUUAAUGUUACGCCGAAAAACCCGAACGGGAAAAACGCAAACAGCUCGGCGGAGAACAAGCCCAUGCAGAAGGCCGCCACCGAGUCGGAAAACUCAUACAACAACGAGCACGAGCACUACGACUACGAGUGCUACGAUUCAGCAUCGGAAAGUAAGCCACCUAGUUCUAUAACCACGCCGAUCCCUCGGAGAAACUCCCUCCCGCCCGCCUCGACCGUCUCCUGCACCAGCUCCGAGGCAGACUUGAGACACGUCUCCGGCAGCCACCACCAGUCCUUCGAGCCGCCCAGCUACGACCUCAUCGUCAACCCGGAGUUCCUCGCCGAGAGGAGCUCCAACCACGAGGACAAUCUCGAGCGGUCAGCCAGGAUUUACAGCGACACCGCGGCCAAAUCGACGCGAGCCUCGACCCCGGUUCCCCGGUCCAAGUUCACCGAGUCGCUGGACCACCUGGACACCACCAGUGGCUCGCUCUCGUACCAGCGGCGUCGACGGGGCCACCCACACCAGAAGCUCGACCAGAGCAAGUUCAAGGAGGGCUCUCGCGAGCACUACAUGGUUCCGACGCACGAGCCCAACCGGCCGACCAGCGACUCCCGCACCCUAUCGCUCUUCAACCCCGAAUUUCUGCCGAACUUCAACGACAUGUUGAUGUACGUUGCAAGACCCGAGCUUUCAGAUCUCAGCCAGGUCUCCUUUCCCUGGAAGCACCACUCCUCCCAGGUAGAGGUAGGUGGAAUUCCUUACGAUGACAACAAUCCCGAGCAAACAAUACCGGUGGAUCCUUCCCGGGGAUUUGGAGCCGGCACUCCCGAGAGAGAAUCCAGUUACGCCAGUUUGAACACCCUCCAGGACCGUCUGAACCACGUAACUGGAAUUUUAGAGAGUAAGAUUAAAUUAGAGGGUAAGGAUAAAAAUUUAUACGGCACUUUGAGCAAGCGACAACAGCUCCUAGAGUCAGCAACUAAACCUGCGGCGGUUAUCAAGAAAGGGUGCAACACAAUCGAGUACAAUUGUUGA